CGAAAGCGGCGCAUGUGCAGAUCUGCGAGGAGCUCUAUCAGGUGAAGCAAAUGCACGACCGAAGAAGAAAGCCGGUCCACCCAUUCGCCGAUGUGCGCUUGUUGGUGUGUGUGUUCUUCCGCAGCCUCCUGUCAGAUUUGGUCUUGCUUUCGCCUCUCGCCGGCCGCCGCAUUCCGCUCGUCAUCAGGUCGUGCAUCAGCUCGUCAUACCGUUGCUGUGCGUCGGCUGCUUGUGCGCGGCAGCUCGUUGUCAAUGGCUACGGGGUCUACACGCUGCCGAAGCACUACACCAUCCCUCAAGAUGACUGCCCCAUCUGCUGCGAACCGUUCGCUGGCAAGACGAACCUCGUGCGCCUGAAAUGCAAUCACUAUGCCUGCUUUGAGGUGAGGAAAUGCGCGACUGAGCCAUCCCUGGCUGCCUCCCUGCAUGGCUGCAUAGCUGGUUGCAUUGCAGUGCCUGAAGGACGCCGCAAAGCAGGAGAUGCGCGGCACCAUGCGGUCUUCGCCACCUGACGGGAACUUUCCGUGUCCUGUCUGCCGCCAAGUAAUGAGUGAGUGGACGGCCAGGCUAACUGGUUUUGGUGUGCAUCUGUCUGUGUGUGUGCAGAAGUGCGAUCUGUUUGAGCGGAUUCAGAAGCCCACAGCAGCCUCGGCCACACUCAGCCCGGAGCCUCUGGGAAGCCCGCUCCGCAGUGUGAGCGUCGAGGAGGUGGACGGCACUGUCGCCACCGGGCUCGCUAGCUACUACACCACGCCAGCAUUCGUCGGCUUCGGAUCCUGUAUUGACAACCUCGACACCCUCGAAGAGCUGCAGGGGCAUCAGACCAUCUUCCAGUUUACGCUUUUCGCGGCUCGCCAGGAGCUGGAAAAGGCCUGGAAGCGCGUGGCCACCGUCCACAAGACACCCGAGGCGAUAGCAGAGGCAUUCAAGUGGGACAGAGACGCGGAGGACGCGCGAGCGGUUCUGCGCCACGCCGACGACCGGAUCACCGCUUCUCAGAAGUCCAUCUCGCGCGUGACACGCCAACAGAUCGGGUGGGUGGGAUGACUCAGGAACAGGACAGUGUGGCAGUGAGUCAGUGAGUGAAUGUCCUGUUGGUCUGUACGUGUGUGUCAGGUCUGGUGUGUCGUUUGGCGUCUAGAGUGACGUGUGGCUGUGUGGGUGUGGUCCCUCGGGACUUCCAAUCGUCAGGCCCGGUCACGGGGGCAACAAGAGUGACGUCACACGGUGAGUGGGGGAGAGGGCGUCACAUACGAGAGGAAAGGCGUCGUGUGUUCACCUGUCUGUCGGUCUGUCUGUCUGUCUCUGUUGUAUGUGUGCAGCUAUCGAGUGGCCUCGUCUGUCGGGGGCAUUGAGCUCUCUCUGCGUGCCGAGAACCUCCGCCUUACUGCUAGCAGCUGAUCAGCCAAAUGGCUACACUUUUUCAGCUCUGAGCGACUGACUGACUGGCUGGUUUUUUUCUGCGUUGUUCUGGGCGGCUUUCAGUGUCGAGGGCGUCUGUGUGUGUGACACACUUACCCAGGGGGCUGACCUGUGUGUGUGUGUAUCAUGUGAGUGAGACGCAGGUAUGAUGGCGACCAAUCGUGCCCUCCCCUG